CCCGGGGUCACGUGACCAGAGCUGGGGGCUCCUGCCUGAGCACUCCAGCUUCUUCUCCCCAGGUGCCCAUCGGAGGGAAAGAUGGCUGAUGCGCAGAACGUCUCGCUGGACGGCCCGGGGAGUGUGGGGGCCGUGGCCGUGCCUGUGGUCUUUGCCAUCAUCUUCCUGCUGGGCACAGUGGGCAACGGGCUAGUGCUGGCCGUGCUGUUGCAGCCCGGCCCCCGUGCCUGGCAGGAGCCGGGCAGCACUACGGACCUGUUCAUCCUCAACCUAGCGGUGGCCGACCUCUGCUUCAUCCUGUGCUGCGUGCCUUUCCAGGCCGCCAUCUACACACUGGACGCCUGGCUCUUCGGGGCCCUCGUUUGUAAGACGGUGCACCUGCUCAUCUACCUCACCAUGUACGCCAGCAGCUUCACGCUGGCCGCGGUCUCGGUGGACAGGUACCUGGCCGUGCGGCACCCGCUGCGCUCGCGGGCCCUGCGCACGCCGCGCAACGCCCGCGCCGCCGUGGGGCUCGUCUGGCUGCUGGCGGCGCUCUUCUCGGCGCCCUAUCUCAGCUACUACGGCACCGUGCGCUACGGCGCGCUGGAGCUCUGCGUGCCCGCCUGGGAGGACGCGCGCCGGCGCGCCCUCGACGUGGCCACCUUCGCCGCCGGCUACCUGCUGCCCGUGGCCGUGGUGAGCCUGGCCUACGCGCGCACGCUGCGCUUCCUGUGGGCGGCCGUGGGCCCCGCGGGCGCGGCGGCGGCGGAGGCCCGGCGCAGAGCCACGGGCCGCGCGGGGCGGACCAUGCUGGCGGUGGCCGCGCUCUACGCCCUCUGCUGGGGCCCGCACCACGCGCUCAUCCUCUGCUUCUGGUUCGGCCGCUUCGCCUUCAGCCCGGCCACCUACGCCUGCCGCCUGGCCUCGCACUGCCUCGCCUACGCCAACUCCUGCCUCAACCCGCUCGUCUACGCGCUCGCCUCGCGCCACUUCCGCGCGCGCCUCCGCCGCCUGUGGCCCUGCGGCCGCCGCCGCCGCCGCCGCUGCCGCCACGCCCGCUGCCCCCCGGGCGCCCGCCGCGCCCACCGCCGCGUCCGCCCCGCCACCGCGGGCCCUGCCGGUUGCCCCGGGGACGCCCGGCCUCGCGGGAGGCAGCCGGCGGGCGGCGGCCGGGGCGGGGGGCCCGGGGAGGAGCCCGCCCGCGUCGGAGAGGCCGGGCGAGCCUCGUCGGCCCCGGGACCGGAAUAA